GUGCGUCAAGGACCGGAGCUCGGAUGUGGGAGCGGAAGACUGAUGACAGUUUCAGAGAACUCAAGAUGUCGGUCGUAUGUUUCUCCUUGAGCCGUUGCGGUUCCGUGCCAUUAUGUUCUCCUGCUGGACUUGUGGCGGUGCGGUUUGCUCAAACAGCAGCCGCCCCCGCACCCCAGCCCAGAAUUAAGAAGUUUCAGGUGUACCGCUGGGACCCGGACAGAGUCGGCGACAAACCGCGCAUGCAGACCUAUGAGGUCAACCUGAACGCGUGUGGCCCCAUGGUGCUGGAUGCUCUGAUUAAGAUAAAGAACGAGAUGGACCCCACGCUUACCUUCCGACGGUCCUGCAGAGAGGGUAUCUGUGGCUCCUGUGCAAUGAACAUCAAUGGGGGAAACACGCUGGCCUGCCUCAACAGGAUCGACACCAACACCAGCAAAGUGAGCAAGAUCUACCCCCUGCCCCACAUGUACGUCGUCAAGGACCUGGUGCCGGACAUGAGCAACUUUUACGCACAAUACAAGUCCAUCGAGCCCUUCCUGAAGAAGAAGGACGAGUCGCAGCAGGGCAAGGCGCAGUACCUGCAGUCGGUGGAGGACAGGCAGAAACUGGAUGGGUUGUAUGAGUGUAUCCUGUGUGCUUGCUGCAGCACCAGUUGUCCCAGUUACUGGUGGAAUGGAGACAAAUACUUGGGUCCUGCCGUCCUUAUGCAGGCUUAUCGCUGGAUGAUCGAUUCGCGCGACGAGUUCACAGAGGAGCGACUGGCCAAGCUUCAGGACCCCUUCUCCUUGUACCGCUGUCACACCAUCAUGAACUGCACCAAGACCUGUCCCAAGGGGCUGAACCCUGGCAAGGCGAUAGCAGAGAUAAAAAAGAUGAUGGCCAUGUACAAGGAGAAGAGAAGUGCUGCAGCCUGAACGCUGACAUCAUGGCCAAAGACCCCACCACCCCUCCACUUAUCAGCCCCGCCUCCAUGAAGAAAUCUUUACAAUAAUCUGAGUUCUUAAACAACGUGUAAUAUGUAUUCAGGCACACUCCAGCACAGGUGAUGCGGAAUGUUGGGAAAGGUCCGCGCGGGAUCACAUGGAUCUGUUAUGUGUGUCUGCAUGUGUGUGAAUGAGAGAGCGAGUGAAAGGCCAUGUAAAUAUUAAGCAGAAUAUGUGUGUUUUGUGCUUAUUUGUAGCCUUGCAGAUGUGUGCACUCGUGCAGUCAUCAGAACAGGUUCAGAUAGAUACAUGAAACAUUACGUUCUUCCAUUAUAUUGAUUUUAAGACUUCUUGACGCUAAAAUAAAAAUAAAUAAGGAAAGUUGAAA